GCUGAGUAAAAGUAUCUUAAAACAGAUGAUGAUGAGUUCUGGCUUCUUUCAUUCAUUAAACUUUAUUUCUGAGUAUUUUUCCAUUGAUUUUCUUAUGUAAUCAUUUGCAUACAUUGCAUACAUUACUAACAAAUGUAAAGCUUGCCUAUAUAAAGUGUGUUUUAGGAGAGUGUUGACAGACUCGCCCUUCACAGAAGAGAUGAAGAUUGUCGUGUUUGCUCUUCUCCUCUCAGCUCAUUGUGAGCUGACAACAGCUCUGAAAAGACAACACUUUCAUUUUAGUAAUGCCACAACAUGGACAGAUGCUCGAAGUUAUUGCAGAGACAACUAUGUAGACCUGUCCAGUGUUGACAGCCAGGAGGAAAUUACAGCGUUACGCACGGCAAGUUCAUACUCAGACAGCUGGGUUGGUCUGAAAAAGAUCUCUACAAACAACUGGCAGUGGAGUGAUGGAGGCAAUAGCAGUUUUAUUAUAUGGGGAGGUGAACAACCAAACGAACCACACAAUAAUAACAUUUGUGCUAUGGUGAACAAGAGCAAAUUGAAUGACAGGAAAUGUUCGGAGUCACACCCUUACUUCUGCUACAAGUGGGACACUGAACUGAUUGUGGUUAAAGAGAAUAAGAGCUGGGAGGACGCGUUACAAUACUGCAGGACUCAUCACACUGAUCUGGCCAGUCUGCCAACAAAUUUACAUUUAACCCAAGCCAAACAAACCGUUGCUAAUACAUCAAGUGUGUGGACAGGUCUACGGUUUCUGGCAGGCUCAUGGUUCUGGUUAAGUGGUGAGAAUCUGGGAUAUGUUAGUGCCCAACUGCCAGUCUGUCCUGCCAAUUACACUUACUGUGGAUCUCUAAACAUGACAACUCAGAGCUGGGAGAACAGAAACUGUAUGGAGGAACUUAACUUUGUGUGCUAUUAAAGAGGAGGCAUUAAGAAGAUCACCUACAAAAAGAUGACAAAUAAAAUAACUUAUGUCUAAGUAGCUAUUUAUUUAAAAUAAUAAUAUGGUAAAUUUACAAAGCAUAGUAUGAACAAUUUAUAUAAAAGUAGUGCUUAUGGGUAAUAUUUGACCUGAAUAUAUACUUUCUGUAUAUUGAUGAUGAAUAUCACAAAAGUUACUUUUAAUUUAUCUCUGUUUGUAAUACAAGUAGUG